AUGCGCCGCCUCAAGGGACGCAAGGGCGACAGCAUCGCGGCCGCGACGGAGAAAGAGUGCCAAGACGACGAUUCUGUAGCGGCUGCGACAACAAACUCUCGUCAGUCUGCUUCGAGCAUUCCCGGCAGUAGCAACCGACUGUACAGGACGAGCACCAGCGACUCAAUACCCAGGCGACCUGCUUCUGAAUACGAACAAUCACCCAUAUCCGAUCGGCGCACUUCCUCCAACGCAUCUUCCGCGUAUUACCCAGCUCACAGCCUAUAUCCUGCGCCGACAAAACCCCUUCCCGCCUUACCUCCCAAGGCAACAAACAGCUCCUCGAGAUCCAUCGGACGUGCCCCAUCCGAACGAUCUGUAGCAAGUAGCGCACGUUCGUCGCACUAUUCUGACAGAUCGGGAAGCAUUGUGACCGGGCCACGCGGAUCCUUUUCCUUCAAGUCGCCAACAUCUACGCACUAUACAACGCCGUCCGAAUUCCAGCAGGGGGAUCAGCACUCACAAGUCUCUUCCUUGGAGCUUUCCUUCAAGAGCAUGAUUUUGUCCCGAGAUAAGCGCAUCAACAACAGUGUCUACUACUUGGACGUAUCCUCCACGUCAUCAACCCUAGCUACCAAACACGGCAACAACCUUGUCAAGGUUUGGUCUCUCGAGACUGGCGAUAUAGAGAGCGUCAUCAAAUUCUCAUCAUAUACAGAGGCACAGUCUCGCUCGCGUGACUACCUCAUUCGAAGCCAUGCCAUCCUAUCAGAGACAUCUAGGCUGAUUGCCAUUGCCACACGGUUCGGCAGAUCGAUCGAAAUAUGGAACUGGGAAAAGAAGAAAUGUUUACAAACCCUUGACAAUGCGGAUCGCUGGUCCGUGGGGAAGAUGGAGGUGUAUGGUCAUGGCUGGGGACGUCUGGCGACGUAUCGAGGCGAAACAGGCGUCAUCGACUUGUUUGGGGCCACAAGGGAAAAGAAGCCCUUUGUGAAGAUGAGAUCCAUCCAUCUUGCCGAAGCAAGCCUGCCCUUCAUUCCACAAUACCCCGAACUAGCAUUGUCGCCAACGAGCCCUCUCCUUGUUGCUGCCGCAGGGCCUCGACCUCCACGACGAGGACACCCGCCACCCGAUAAAGAAACCCUGCUGGUGGCAUGGGAGACGCAUGACAACGAGCUUGUCGGAAGCAAACCAUAUCGAGUAGCUCGGCCCUGGCAGCACAGGGAGAUUGACACCGCUAUCCCCUCCGACCUCACUACCUAUGGCAGCGUCGUGGUAUCAAUAUGGAUCCCCGCGACAUUCCGUGCCGUGCUAGCGCCAGCAUCUCGCGGGGGAACAGGGUACAGCUACAACCUCACACCGGUCAAAGUACCGUCUCGCCAUGUAUUAGUCUGGGAUCUUGCGGCAAACUCAACCAGAACAUUUGCAAUCCCCAACUGCACAUCAUGCAUCUCACCAGACUGUCGAUAUGUGGCAUACUGCCACGCCAGCGGAGCAGCUAUUGGUGCCAGGGGAACUCUCGCCGUCAUCGACGUAAUGUCGUCCCAAGAAGUGUGGUGCUGGCCUGAUCGGAAUGCAACAGCAAUGGAUAGUGGUCCGAGGCCGGGCUUGAAGCAGUUUGAAGACCUCGCCCGUGUCACCGAGUUGGCGUUUUCGGCAGACAGCAAAUCGCUGGUUGUGGGUGAUGGCGAUGGCCGAGUUGGCGUCUAUGAUAUACGCGGAAAAGAGGAUGCGUAG